UUUCUGACAGUUACAUUGCUCGCGAGUAAAAUUUCGAUACACACAUCACCAGGCGCAGUAGCAUUUUUGCUUUGAGGGUCCGCGAUUGCGAUUGAUGCGCGCAAGCAGUGAAAGUUUUAUGCAUUUUGCUUCCUAAUGUUUAUUGGUUUGUUUCACGGGGACGUUACGUUAUCGGUCGCUCCAAAAGUGCAGUUGCAGUGAAAUCGAACCCGCCAGUGUCACACACAUCCGAGAUAUUGUGUGGGGUAUCGCCCGGAUUGGAUCUCUGGUGGAUGUGCGAGCAGUGCAGUGCAGUGUAAUAGAUCCGAUGUUGGAAGCACUUUUACGUUCGUGACUGAGCCGUGCCCAUUUGCGUUCGUCAUCGCAAUUAUCAUUAGUUCCAAAGCUGCAGCUGCUAUACCUUCGUGCUACCUAGUAGAGGGAUAGCUACAUACAUAUUUGCCAAAACAGUCAGUGAAUGGUAUGAAAAACCAAUAACUGUUCAGCAGUGGAUUUUCCUGUUUUGUGUCGUCUGGUUCGGGGAGAGUUAGUAUGUUCAUAGGUAACUCCAGAUAACAAUAUCGAUGAUAUCGCAGCGAGAAACCUCCCCCAGUUCCAUCAUGACGUGUAAAAUUGAUUUCAGCGAGUGCUUGAAGGAUUCUCCCAAGUUCAGGCUACGUCUCGAACAGGAAGAAACCGAAAUCGAUCACCUGGAGCAAAAACUGGAGAAAGUAAUAAAAAUGUGCAGCAUGGCGGUUGACAGCGGCAAAGAGUACAUCCGCAAUCAGAGUGCAUUUGCCACAUCGCUAUGGGAUCUCCAGAAGCACUUCCAAGAGGACAAAUCUUCCACCAGUGCUUUGACCACGCUAAUCCACUGCCUCCAGGAAAUGAACAAAUUCCACACAACCCUCCUGGACCAAGCCAGCCGAACCGUACUGAAGAAUUUGACCAGCUUCUUGAAGAAGGACGUCAAAGAGGUUAAGGAUUAUAAGCAGAUAUUCACGAAGGUGUCGGAAAACUUGGACGCGGCGGUCUAUAAGAACGCACAGGUCAACAAAAAUCGUCCAGUUGAUAUUGUAGAAGCGGAAAAUUUGCUCUCUGCCACCAAGUCGUGCUACAACCAUGCCGCUUUGGAUUACGUCAACUACAUUACCAUGCUGCAGAACCGCAAACGCCACGAAAUUCUUGCAACGAUCCUCAGUUACAUCCAAGCUUGUAGUACCUACUUCCAUCAAGGGUCGGAUCUCUGCGAAGAUUACGGUGCAUUCUUCAAAACUCUCGACGAAGAGAUUAGCAACAUGCGUUCGGACUAUAACGUACUGGACAAACAGAUGCAGAAUCGUCACACCUGCGUCAACGAGCUGCUGGAUGAUGGGGAAAGGUCCCUUUCCGGAACCCCUUCGAUCAUCUCCAAUGCAUCUUCCUCAGCUGGGGAAGGUUCCGUGGAUCAGCGAGCCUCUCAACCCUACACCAAUCGACCACUGAAUCACAUGGAAGGCUACCUGUUCAAACGGACGUCCAACGCGUUCAAAACCUGGAACAGACGUUGGUUCUGCAUGCGAGACAACCAGCUGUUCUACCGGAAGCGUAUGGGCGAAGAGCUGCCCACUGUGAUGGAGGAAGAUCUGCGGCUGUGCACGGUGCGAUUGCUAUCGGACUCGGACCGCCGCUUUUGCUUCGAAGUAAUUUCACCGACCAAGUCACACAUUUUGCAGGCGGAUUCGGAAGCGAUGUUGAAUGCUUGGUUCAAGGCACUGCAGAAGGGAAUUGAUUCGGCGAUCCAGUAUCACAGCCCGUACAGCAGUGAUAUGCGGGGCAUCGCCAGUCAAUCGCCGACUAACGAAAGCGCUCCCGGUAGUUUGGGUGGCGAUGGAAGCGCCAGUGGAAAAAGUGGCGAUCCAAGGAAAGGCGUUAAGAAGAUCAACUGGACUCAAAUUUUGCGCAUCCCAGGAAACGCGCGCUGUUGCGACUGCGGCAACACCGACCCCAAGUGGGCAUCGAUCAACCUCGGGAUCACGCUGUGCAUUGCGUGCUCGGGAGUUCACCGCAGCUUGGGCGUCCACUACAGCAAGGUCCGUUCGCUAACGCUGGACGUUUGGGAACCGGAAAUCCUGCGAGUCAUGAUCGAGCUGGGCAACGACGUAAUCAAUCGGAUCUACGAGGCCAACACGGCGAAGGUGAACCGGUUCGACCGCGCUACGGACAACUGUGAGAUAUCGGUUCGCGAGGCGUGGAUUAAGGCUAAGUAUAUCGAAAGGAAGUUUGUGCUUCCGCUGGACAGUACGGGAGGGUUGGGGUUGGAUCCUACUCCUACCAGUACGUCGUCUUCGACUCUGUCGUUCAAAAGUUUGGACAACGAUAGUUCGAAGUAUCCGGAGAAGUGGAGCAUCAAGAAGUUGCGGCGUAGAAGUUAUCGGAAGCUACUCAGGAAGAAGAACAAGGAGGAAGCUGGCGAGGGGACGUCAAGCGGUGGAAAUACCGAUACGGAUCCGGAUGCCGACGAAAAAGAUGUAAAUCUUAACAUUCCAAAGAAGUUUAACGACAUAUUGUUGAUUGGUGAUAGCAUAAUCGAGAAUGAUCAUAAUCUGACCGAUGAACAUCUCCUGCUUCUCAAUUCGGACCAAGAAUCCACUAGCGGAGAAGAGGAUAACGGAAUCAUGGAGUGUGAGGACUUCGAAAAGCUGAAUCCAAACUUUCUGUUGUACAAAGCGGCCAGCGGACACAAUCUGCCGGUGAUGUGCCAAGCGAUGGCCCUUGGGGCGGAUAAAAAUUGGACCAAUCCGGAAGAGUUGGACCGCACGGCGUUGCAUGCCGCCAUCCUAUCCGGAUCGGUUAUGUCCUGUGAGUUCCUGCUGAUCAACGGGUGCAACAUCAACACCACUGAUCGGAACGGCUACACGGCACUUCACCUGGCUGCGGAAAAUGGUUCCACAGCGCAGGCAUACCUGCUCCUCAAACACAAAGCCAAAUACGACAUCAGGGCUGUGAAUCAGAAGCUUCCCAUCGACAUUGCGGUGGAGCGAACCGAUGCCGACAUCGUGACCCUGUUGAGGCUAGCUCAGCUAAACGAUGAAAUCGGCCCCGGCGAGGACGGCGGUAGCUAUCUGGGCGGAGACUCGACCUACACCGAUGUGAUGAAUGACUUUUCCCACCUCACCAGCAACCAACCGUAUCGGUUGCAGAAGAAUCGAAACCCCGGAGGAUCGACGCCCGGUGAUUUGAGCUUGGGCUCACUGGCAUCUGGCUCCGUUUCUAGUGCUUCCACAAUGGUUCCGGCGGAUAUGGUUGCUCCUCCCGUGACCGACUUGGAUGAACCGACAGAGGGAAAAUAAAGCGUUGCUGGGUAAUGUUGUUCGUUUCGAGCAGGUUUCAUGAACUAUUCUAGAUAGUUUUAGAUAUGUUCCCUUAGAUGAAUAUUGUUAUUGGGUUACAGAAAUUCUAGAACCGUAAAAUGAUCUGCAGUUACAUGAUAUCAUGAUAUGUACUUAUGGCAUUUACAUAAACAAUAUUGGACGCGGCUAUACAGCCGUGAAUUGAAAUAGGAAGACCAGGGGGACGAUGGAUGAUGCAAGGAUGUUUCGGUUUAUUUACACAGAAAUUGAUUCAUUUUCCGUCAUCUCCUUUCACAUGCAGCAUAUCAAAGUAAUUGUGCACCUUACGUAUUAUAUCUGUACGUAACGUUAGAAUUGAAAGUUACCCCUCUUCCCCUUUGGGAAUGGUUUCGGUAAUUUCUUCUGAAACUUCUUUUGGAUCCCGCCGAUAAUUUGUAUGCAAGUGCUGGCAAAUCUUUUGACAAUAUCUUUAGAAAUUCUUAUAGAAAUUUCCUUGGAAAUUCCUUCGGAAAUUUCUUUGAAAAUUCAUUCAGUCAUUUAUUUGCGAUUUCCUUCAAACGUACUUUAAAAUAAUUAGGAAAUUGUGUUAGCAGCUUCUUUGGAAAUUCCUUUGGAAAUUCUUUUGAGAGUUCCAUUCAGCAUUUUUUUCGGCAGAUUCAUUGGGAUUGCUUUAGGAAUUCUUUUGACAAUUUCUUUAGAACUUUAUAUUGGACUCUAAAACCAUCCCAUAUGGGUAUAUUUGGUAUGGGAAAGAUGUCCGGAGUCCAAAAAUGGUGACCAGAAUAUCGAAUAUGGCUGAAUAAAAUCUAAGAUGGCGUCUCCAAAUUCAAAAUGGCGGCUGUUUAAUGGAGUAUUAGCAGCGGCGUCAUGGUCGCGAUUUUUUCCGCAGUCAAGUUCGCAGGUUUGUGAACAAUACCCACUUUACGUAAUUUAUGCUUAGUCCCUUACUGUCAGAGCUGUCAGAUCGGGGUAACACGCUAAAUAUAAUUUACACAAAAGGCAAUUUACACGGAAAAAAAUACACGGUAAUGAAUAUUUAUUGGGUACCGGACUGGACACAGAAAAUUUAAUGGUUUUCUUCGGUACAUCGAGGUCUUGAAAUUAGUCUAUGGUAUUAAGCUCUAAAACCAUGCAAUAUGGAUAUAUUUGGUAUGGGGAAAAUGUUCGUAAUCUAAAAAUAACGAACAGAAUAUCCAAUAUGGCGGUCUAAAAUCUAAGAUGGUGGCUGUUUAAUGAAGUUUUAGGCUCUAAAACCAAGCAAUAUGAGUAUAUUUGGUAUGCGGAAGAUGUCCGGAGUCAAAAAGUGGCAACCAGAAUAUGCAAAAUGGUGGUCUAACAUCCAAAAUGGCGGCUGUUUAAUCGAGUUGCAAUAUGCGAUUCCAUAUUAAUGGCGGGUAUUGUAUUUGGUAUGGGUAAGAAAGAGUUUAAGGCUCGAACAUUAAAAGCCAAAUAAACGAUAUGAUUUCGGGCGCCAUGCAGAGGUUGAGCAAACACAAUUUAACGGUAAACGGUUAACGAGAACUAUCCGUUAACCGUUAAAUUGCGUUCACCUUUGAAUAACUCGAUAACCAAAAGUGCAAAGAGAACUUUUUCCACCUCAAUAAAAAGGUACACUUCACUUGCAAAUUGGAUUGAUAGUGACUACAAUUACAGCAGAAAUCUUCCAAACCAUACAUUUUUUUUUAAAGAUGUAGUAGUUCUGAAAAUAGUGCUCCUCACAAUUGUACUGGAAAAUAAGCCUCUUAUCAUUAGACUGUGAAAAUUUGUUCCAAAACUAUGCAAAUUGGUUAAAAAAUUAUCGGUUAAAGAGUGUUGAAAUUAUCAUUCCCACUGUAUUGGUAGCCUUCAAUACAGUUUGGUAUAAAAUCAUUUGACAUAAAGCUACUCAGCAUAAUGUCGUUAGAAGUCACCUGUUCCUGCUUUAAUUAUAUCUACAGCAUUAGGCGCUGAUAGCUUCACGUCUUAAAUAUGAGGAGUUGGAAUAUUACCCCGUGAUAAAAGCGAAUGAAUCAAAUUAUGUGCAAAAGAAAUUACAACAUCCUUGGGACAAGGUAGAUCUUUUGAGAAAUACAUCAGAAUCUUGCCAUUCAUUAAGAAAACUUUUGAACAAUUCAUGUAUUCGAUUAGUUGUUUAAACAGUUUUAUAUGAUUAACUUGUUGAAGCAGUUGGUUUUUUUUUUUUAAUAAAAUCAGUUCUGUUUUAUGCUGUGAUUUCAAUGCUUUUAUUGGAGUCUUAGAAGCAGUUUUGAGACUUUGAGACUUCAAAAGUUCUGAAUUACUUCUAGAAUCAGAAGAGGACAAAACAAACAUCAUACAUUUUCUGCGACACUGUAAAUUUAUGCUAAUAUUUGUGUUUAAAUGUUUUCACACUUAAUUAUUGGAUUCAUAUGUAUUCUUAGAAAAGGCCCCCGGUCCCAUCCCAGUUACGACAAAGAUACAGUAACAUAUGUUACGGAUCACGAAUAUUGACAACGAUAUACCAUGCCGAUAUACGGAGUAUACAAACAUAUUUUAGUGUUAUGACUUCCAUUCAUACAAUUAUUUUCAUGAACUUGAUGUUUCAUGCGUUUUAGGAAUCGUUCCAAGUUGCAUUUAGCUCUUACAUUGAUGGGUUGUUUUGCUAACAUUGCUAUUUUACAUAAAUGGAUCUAAUAGAGCAAAUGAACUACCGCUUUUCUCUUUUCUAUAGAAAUUUAUCCUAGCAGUCUUCCAAGUUGUUCCUAAUUUUAACCUUUGAAAUGUUUCAUAAGUGAUGAUUUUGUUAAAAAAUCCCAACUCCACUAAAAAGGAUGCUAAAAAAAUCUCUCUUGAACAAUCCCAACGCUCCAACCCAUUUCAUAUCGAUUGAGCUUUCACAAAGAGAUCAAUAUGCAAAGCAUACCGACAGUCCGAAUUCUCCUCAUUAUCAGUAUUUAUAUUUAAUGCUAAUCCAAACCGUUAUAUCUGCUAGAUAGGUUACGGACCCAGAAGAAGUCCAUUAUUUCGGUUGCCUGAGUGCAACGAGCUUUCCUCCCCAACAGAUAAGUCAUUCCACGUUGUCAACAAAAUUUGAAUAUCUUUAGUUCUAGAAUAUAUUGCCUAGCUCGAGAUCAUAUAGAAUUACAUAUAUGUACCGUUACGAGUUGAUGAGCCUCCGUUAGAAAGUUUGCAUUGUUAGUUACGACGAAUGUUGCCAGGAUUUAGUGUUGACGGAGAUUCUAAGAUUCUGAUAAUAGCAUUAUUUAUUAGGUGACCUUGUUAGCGUUGUUAAGCCGUGCGAAUCUCCCGCAAAGUUUGAGUAGUUCAAAGAUACACUAAAAUGUAUGCGUUCCCACACUUUUAGUUUUCCAAAUUUUUCAAUAAGCGGCAAAGAAAAGAAGUACGCACCAGUGCAGUGUGAGUUGCAAGCGGUAACCUGUGUACCUAUUGUUAGCCAAAAAAAAAAAACGGAAACAAUCUCACGCUACAAAGAAGGGGAUCAUCGAAUGAAAUACAUUACCUAGGUAUAGUAUCUAUAGAUAGUUGACUACCAACGUAGAUUUAUACAAAUCAUAUUUAUCUUUAUCUUAACAGUGACAAUGACAAAGAAAGGAAAAUGUUACAAUCGUCUUAGAAACAAUAUACAACUGCGAUACAAA